AUGUCUCAGGAUCCUCCCUCAAAGAUGCCCGAGGCGCUUCUCUGGAAGUACGAACUGCAACGCGAGAAACGAUCCUUGACAGAGCAUAUGAUUGAAGCAAAACAUCAAAUCGAGGAAACCGAGGACCUCGUCACUCGGCUUUCACGCUGCCUCAAAGAUCUCACAGUUAUUGUCGCCUCGGUUGCCACGUCCCUGAAUGACCAGACACCCCAGGGUCAACAACGCCUUCGUCUCCUUCAAACCCAGCUCCAUGAGAUUGUCGAUCCCCUAUACCAGGAUGGAAAAACAAUCGUGAAUCGAAACGAGUCCUUGCUUGCUGCAAUCGCCACGCUCCGAGGCAUCCACAACACUCCGAAUGUGGUAGAUACCACCAUCACAUCGAGGACACCACCCGGUCUUUCGCGACCAAAGGGAUUAGCAAAGCCCAGCACCGAUCCGAACAGAGAGCGCCCUGCUUCGUCGCCGCUCACCCAAGCCCUCCUGACAAUCUCUCGUUCCCAAACCGACCAAAACCAAACCAAAGAAACCGAGCCCAGCCUCGCCGAUAAACACGCCAUUGCUCAAAUCUUGAGCAGGGAAAGCUUCUCCAAAAGCGUUGAAAAAGUCAUUCGCCAAAGAGGUCGCCCAAUCGGCGAAUACUUCGACGCGGCCCACGACUUUCGGCGCCGGUGGUCGAUCUCCAUACACGGCAGCGGACCUACAAGUACCAACAACGACUCCUAUAUUAUCGAAACCUUCAUAGAGGGUCUUGACAGUGCUCUCUACCAACGACGAUUCACCCACUGGCUGCGUCAUGAACAUUGGACCUGGAACUUUGUCUUUCACUUUGCGCAGAUCUUGGUCAUGGAGGAGGAGUAUAUGGCUAAGCAGGAGUAUGCGCUGGAUCAUAAGCUUGAGGAUGGGUCUGUGCUGUUUCCGGAUGGGGAGAGAUCUUAUCGGUUUAGCUAUCUGCCGCCUAUUACUGAUGAGGAUCUUACUUCGAUAUCCGACAGAAUACCUAAAACUCGUCAACAACUCUUUCAACCUGGUGGUGCACAGAAACAGUCUCUGGUACAGCUCCUUACAUCCACAAUUCGACAGCAUGGCGUCCGCACGCUUUACACUGGAAGCGGCGUUUUCUGCGCCUCCAAUGCUUCCAAGUCCGCUAUUCGAUUCUUCACGUUCGACACGGGGAGCUAA